AUGGCAAACAAUGGUGUUCUCCUCCAAGUUCCAUUGCUCACUAAGAGCAACUAUGACAAUUGGAUUGAGAAAGGCUUCAAUGAACCGGAGAAUGAUGGUGGUCUAUCUCAAACUCAAAAGGAUGGUUUGAGAGAUUCAAGGAAGAGAGACAAGAAGGCUCUCUGUCUAAUCUAUCAAGGAUUAGAUGAAGAUACAUUUGAAAAGGUUGCUGGUGCAAGGACAUCCAAAGAAGCAUGGGAGAAGCUUCAGACUUCUUACAAGGGAGCGGAACAAGUUAAGAAGGUACGACUUCAAACUCUAAGAGGAGAAUUUGAAGCAUUACAAAUGAAGGAAGGAGAACUCAUCUCAGAUUACUUCUCAAGAGUCUUGACGGUUACUAAUAACCUAAAGAGAAAUGGUGAGAAGUUAGACGAGGUGAGAAUUAUGGAGAAAGUUCUUAGAUCAUUGGAUUCAAAAUUCGAGCACAUUGUUACCGUGAUUGAAGAGACAAAAGACUUAGAAACUAUGACGAUGGAGCAACUUCUUGGAUCACUACAAGAUUAUGAAGAAAAGAAGAAGAAGAAAGAAGAUAUUGUGGAACAAGUUCUCAAGAUGAGAAUUGAUCAAAAGGAAGAAGCUGGCCGAAAUCAUCCGAGACGUGGUGGUGGUCAUUUCUGA